GCAGUACUUGUGGUCGCGGAAGCCGCAGCAGAAGACGGCGGCCGCCUCGCCCCCUGGCCGCGGGCAGCUGAAGCCACGCACCACCUCCUGCUCGGCGCUCACGUAGCUCGUGCAGGCGCCGCUCAUCGCGCCCCGCGCCGGCCCGCGGCCACCUCGGGCCACCAGACGGCCGGGCGAGGGACGGCCGGAGACAGAACCGAGGCUGAGAAAGGCAGAGACUGCGAGAGAAAGAAGCGGAGAGAAGCAGCGAGACAGAGGGAGGCGCGGCGAGAGGCGCGGAGACGCAGCGGUUAGAGAUCUAGACUCCGCGAGGACCGGACCGAGAGAGGCGAGCAGGUGCUGCAGAUUCACUGAUAACCUAGAUACGACUCGGUCCUUGCUCGAACAGAGCCCUAGUCAAGGGCAGAAGGCAGAAGGCAGAUGAGUAAGCGGGCAAGAACAUUUGUUUGCCUAAUCUGGACUUGAAGCAGUUCAACUACGAGAAAUCUUCCAUUUUACAGUAUCACAAUUUGGAAGAAGAAGGUUUUCAAAUAAUGGAAGAGUCUAAGACCUCUAAAAAUGAAAAUCAUGAACCAAAGAAGAAUGCUUGGGUUCUUUCAGAAGAAAGCAAAGCAGUUAAAGUUAUAUCUAAUCAAACUUUGAAAGCUAGAAAUGAUAAAUCCAUAAAAGAAAUUGGGACCAGCUCUCCAAAUAGGAAUAGUAGUAAAAAAAAUAAGCAAAAUGAUAUUUGUGUAGAAAAGACAGAGGCUAAAUCAUGUAAAGUAAGUGUUGCCAACGUAGCAAGCCCUAAAGAUUUGGGACUAGUCCUUCGAGAUCAAAGUCAUUGCAAAACAAAAAAAUCACCCAAUUCACCAGUAAAAGCAGAGAAGGUACCUGUUUCACAGGCAAGAGCAGAAAAAUCACCAAAGUCACCUAAUUCACCAGUGAAAACAGAAAAGACACCCAGCUCCCAGACAACAGCAGCAGAAAAGGCACUUAGUUCACAGAGGAAAACAGAAAAAGCACCCAUUUCUCAUAUGAAAUCAGAAAAAGUCCUUGGUUCACUAACAGAACCAGAGAAGGCACCCACUUUACCGUUUAAAGAAAACAUGCGACAGAUAGAAUUACAGCAGAUUGGAAAAAAAAUUCCAAGUUCCUUUACUUCUCUGGACAAAGUGAAUAUUGAUGUUGUAGAGGGAGAAAAAUCUUUGGAAAACUCACCACGAUCUCAGAAGCAGCAAGCAUGUACAGAUAAUACUGGUGAUUCCGAUGAUAGUGCUUCAGGAACUGAAGACAUAUCAGAUGAUAUGAGUAAAAUGAAGAUUGAUGAAUCUAAUAAAGAAAAUUCUUCAGAGAUGGACUAUUUAGAAAAUGCUACUGUGAUAGAUGAAUCUGCAUUAACACCUGAGCAGAGACUAGGCUUGAAACAAGCAGAAGAACGCUUAGAAAGAGAUCACAUCUUUCGACUUGAAAAACGCUCACCAGAAUAUACCAACUGCCGGUAUCUAUGCAAACUUUGCUUAAUUCACAUUGAAAACAUCCAGGGAGCUCAUAAACAUAUAAAGGAGAAACGACAUAAGAAAAAUAUUUUGGAAAAACAGGAAGAAAGUGAGCUACGUUCUCUGCCACCUCCUUCCCCUGCCCACUUGGCUGCUUUAAGUGUUGCAGUUAUUGAAUUAGCAAAAGAACAUGGAAUAACAGAUGAUGACCUCAGAGUCCGUCAGGAAAUUGUGGAGGAAAUGUCAAAGGUUAUAACAACAUUUUUACCAGAGUGUUCACUUAGGUUGUAUGGCUCAUCUCUGACUAAGUUUGCUCUGAAAAGUAGUGAUGUUAAUAUAGAUAUAAAAUUUCCUCCCAGGAUGAAUCAUCCAGAUCUUCUGAUACAAGUGCUUGGGAUUUUAAAAAAAAGUGUAUUAUAUAUAGAUGUGGAAUCUGAUUUUCAUGCUAAAGUUCCUGUUGUGGUGUGCAAAGAUCGGAAAAGUGGUUUACUUUGUAGAGUGAGUGCAGGAAAUGAUAUGGCAUGCCUCACUACUGAAUUACUUGCUGCUCUUGGCAAGAUGGAACCUGUCUUUACUCCUUUGGUGUUAGCCUUUCGCUACUGGGCUAAGUUAUGCUAUAUUGACUCCCAAACUGAUGGUGGAAUCCCUUCUUACUGUUUUGCUUUAAUGGUGAUGUUUUUUCUACAACAAAGAAAACCCCCUCUUCUUCCUUGCUUACUUGGAAGUUGGAUUGAAGGCUUUGACCCAAAAAGAAUGGAUGACUUUCAGCUGAAGGGCAUAGUAGAAGAGAAGUUUGUGAAGUGGGAAUAUAAUUCAAGUAGUGCAACUGAGAAAAACUCAAUUGCUGAGGAAAACAAAGCUAAGGCAGACCAACCAAAAGAUGAUACCAAGAAGACAGAAACAGACAACCAAAGUAAUGCCAUGAAGGAAAAACAUGGCAAAUCUCCUUUAACAUUGGGAACACCAAAUCAGGUAUCCCUGGGACAAUUAUGGUUAGAGCUGCUAAAAUUUUACACACUGGAUUUUGCUUUGGAAGAAUAUGUCAUAUGUGUACGUAUACAAGAUAUUUUAACAAGAGAAAACAAAAACUGGCCUAAAAGGCGAAUAGCCAUUGAAGAUCCAUUUUCAGUUAAGAGGAAUGUUGCACGGAGCUUAAACAGCCAGCUUGUUUACGAAUACGUUGUGGAGAGAUUCAGGGCAGCUUAUCGGUAUUUCGCCUGUCCUCAGAGGAAGGGUGGAAAUAAAUCUACAGUGGAUUCCGUGAAAAAAGAGAAGGGGAAAAUAAGCAAUAAGAAACCAGUGAAGUCUGACAAUAUGACAUCCAAUUGUAUUCUACGUGGAGAAAGCACAGAAAAAAUAAAUGCAGAAAGAGGUCAAUCUGAUAAAUAUGAUGAAGUGGAUCGUACAUCACAGAGAUGUAUUACUGAAGAUGACAGUUUAUUGGUAAAUGAGCUAGAUUUGGCUGAACUUGGACAGAAAUCUUCAUCUCUUUCUACUAGUGGAGGCAGUGAAUUAGAACCAAAAUCAAUUAAGAAACAAGAUGAUUUAGCACCCUCAGAAACUUGUUUAAAAAAGGAACUCAGCCAGUGUAAUUGCAUUGGUUCUAAAUCCCCUGACCUAGAUGAAUCCACUGGUACAGACUGCCGGUCAAAUAUAGACACAGAGAGUUCACAUCAGAUUGUGAGCACUGACACAUCUGCUACCUCCUGCAACUGCAAAGCUACAGAAGAUGCUUCUGACUUUAAUGAUGAUGAUAACCAUCCCACCCAGGAAUUACAUUAUGUGUUUGAUAAGUUUAUUUUAACCUCUGGCAAGCCACCAACGAUAGUAUGCAGCAUCUGCAAAAAAGAUGGCCAUUCAAAAAAUGAUUGUCCAGAAGAUUUCAGGAAAAUUGAUCUAAAACCUCUACCACCAAUGACAAAUCGAUUUCGGGAAAUACUUGAUUUAGUAUGUAAAAGAUGUUUUGAUGAGUUAUCACCACCCUUUUCUGAACAACACAACAGAGAACAAAUUUUAAUUGGCUUGGAAAAGUUUAUUCAGAAAGAAUAUGAUGAAAAGGCCAGAUUGUGCUUAUUUGGCUCUUCUAAGAAUGGAUUUGGAUUUCGUGAUAGUGAUUUGGAUAUUUGUAUGACCCUGGAAGGCCAUGAAAAUGCAGAGAAAUUAAACUGUAAGGAAAUAAUUGAAAAUUUGGCAAAAAUUCUUAAGAGACAUCCAGGUUUAAGAAACAUUUUGCCUAUUACUACUGCCAAAGUGCCUAUAGUAAAAUUUGAACAUAGACGAAGUGGUUUAGAAGGCGAUAUUAGUUUAUAUAAUACAUUGGCUCAACAUAACACAAGAAUGCUAGCUACUUAUGCAGCUAUUGAUCCUAGAGUACAAUAUUUGGGAUAUACUAUGAAAGUGUUUGCAAAGCGAUGUGACAUUGGAGAUGCUUCCAGGGGAAGUUUAUCUUCAUAUGCUUAUAUCCUUAUGGUGCUGUACUUUCUGCAGCAGAGAAAACCACCUGUUAUCCCGGUUCUACAAGAGAUUUUUGAUGGAAAACAGAUUCCACAGAGAAUGGUUGAUGGAUGGAAUGCAUUUUUCUUCGAUAAAACAGAAGAGCUGAAAAAGCGUUUACCUUCACUUGGAAAGAACACAGAAACAUUAGGAGAGCUUUGGUUGGGACUGCUUCGCUUCUAUACUGAAGAGUUUGAUUUCAAGGAAUAUGUAAUUAGCAUUCGGCAGAAAAAGCUGUUGACAACUUUUGAGAAGCAGUGGACAUCCAAAUGCAUUGCAAUUGAAGAUCCUUUUGACUUGAAUCAUAACCUCGGUGCUGGAGUUUCUAGAAAAAUGACUAAUUUUAUCAUGAAGGCAUUUAUCAAUGGAAGGAAGCUUUUUGGUACCCCCUUUUAUCCACUCAUUGGCAGAGAAGCUGAGUACUUCUUUGAUUCCAGAGUAUUAACAGAUGGAGAACUGGCUCCCAAUGAUCGAUGUUGUCGUGUGUGUGGAAAAAUAGGCCACUACAUGAAAGACUGCCCUAAAAGGAGAAGCAGUUUACUGUUUAGACUAAAGAAGAAAGACAGUGAAGAAGAGAAGGAUGGGAAUGAAGAAGAGAAAGACUCCCGAGACCUUCUUGACCCCCGAGACCUCCACGACAGUCGAGAGUUUAGAGACCCCAGAGACCUCAGAUGCUUCAUAUGUGGAGAUGCAGGACAUGUACGAAGGGAGUGCCCAGAGGUCAAGCUGGCCCGUCAGAGGAAUAGCAGUGUGGCAGCAGCCCAGUUGGUCCGCAACCUUGUAAAUGCCCAACAAGUGGCUGGUUCAGCCCAGCAACAGGGUGAUCAGUCCAUAAGGACCAGACAAUCCUCAGAAUGUUCUGACUCCCCAUCUUAUUCUCCUCAGCCCCAGCCAUUUCCACAGAACUCUUCCCAGUCACCUGCCAUUACCCAGUCUCCAUCCCAGCCAGGAUCCCAGCCCAAGCUUGGCCCACCUCAGCAGGGAGCCCAGCCCCCACAUCAGGUCCAGAUGCCUAUGUAUAACUUUCCUCAAUCACCACCAGCUCAGUAUUCUCCCAUGCACAAUAUGGGACUGUUGCCAAUGCACCCUCUCCAGAUCCCUGCCCCGUCCUGGCCUAUUCACGGCCCAGUGAUCCAUUCUGCACCAGGCAGUGCCCCCAGCAAUAUUGGCCUGAACGAUCCCAGCAUCAUCUUUGCACAGCCUGCUGCCAGACCUGUGGCGAUCCCUAACUCCUCUCAUGAUGGACACUGGCCUCGUACUGUGGCUCCAAAUUCCCUGGUGAACAAUGGUACAGUGGGAAAUUCGGAGCCAGGCUUUCCAGGACUAAAUCCUCCAAUUCCUUGGGAACAUGCUCCACGUCCCCAUUUUCCUCUUGUCCCAGCUUCGUGGCCUUAUGGUUUGCAUCAAAACUUCAUGCAUCAGGGAAAUGCCAGAUUUCAGCCCAACAAACCGUUCUAUACUCAAGCUGGUCUACCGAUGCACAGCAACCAGCCACUCCUGCUGUCUCAAGGGUAUCCGUACCUCAAUGUCAGUUACAUUCAGCAGAAAAAGUGACAUUUAAUGGAAAGCAAAACAAAUCAGGUCCUGAUUUAAAAUUUUAACACGUUUAGAUAGCUUAUUUAAAUUCUGAGACUGUUUUUAAAGACUGUAUUAUUUGUAUAUAAAUAUGAACUAUAGUUUUUACUAGUAUCACCAAGUUGAGUGAUACAAAUUUCAUCUAUUUUAUUACCCUAUUUUUAAGGGAAUUUUAUGUUUUGUUUAAUCUUGAUGAAUUGUAUAAAGAGAAUUUUAAAAAUUACAUUCUUUAUUUUCUAUUAGCUGUAUUCAUACUUUGGUUGCUUCAGACUUUAUAUAUAUUGUUCUUAAGAAUUAGGAAAAACUUUCAUGUGUUUUAAAUUUGUCACUUCUAUUCUUUACAGAAUCUUGUAGUGCCAAAAACUUUUUAAAAGGUAAAAAAAAAAAAAUAAAACUACAACGUGAAGAUUCAGAAUUUUUCUUUUACAUUCUUGUAUAUUGAAAAUAUUCAAAAUUGAACAGAGGGUUGCUUUUGUCUGUAUUUGAAGUAAUUCUAUUUUAAGUUAAUAAAUCUUUUUGACAAGAGUCAAAUUUGGUUAAUUCAUAUGGUUGUUUAGAUCAUGGAAAUAUAAUGUAACAAUUUAGAGAUUUGUUUUACUCUCAGUGAAUGGAGCAUUCUAAAUUACAGACUUAGUUUUAGAGAACUGAGGGUCUUUUUUAUGUCCUUUAUUUUACUGGAUCUUCACAACACCCAUAUGAAGUUGAUAGGAACAUAUAUUGUCUUCAUGUCUAUUCAUCAUUGGGAAACAGAGGUGCAAAACAAUAAAGUGAAUUCCCAGGUAGCACACUUCUGUGUUGGUAAGAGAAUGGAAACAUCUUUUGAAGAGUUUUCAAACACUGAGACUGUUACUGGCAAUUUGAGUAGAGGGAAGAGAUGUCUUAUUUACUGAGGUACUAGUAUGUGCCAGACUCUUCCAUUCUGAGUUCUGUUACUACCUGGAAUGCGCACUUGCCAGAAUGUGUUUAUCAGUAAUGAUUAUGGUAACUGAUUAUAGUUGAAAUUAAAACUUGUAUUGUUAGUAAUAGGUUAGCUCUUUUUGGUACUAUCCAUUGAGCUGAGGUCAUUUUGUCUAAAUCCCCCAACUAUAUAUUUGACAGGGAUUUUGGACUAAAUGAUCCUAUAGAUUUAUUUGAAAAUCUGCAGAAUACGUAAAUACAAAUGUAUUUUAAGGACAGUAUAUUAUCUUUGUUCUGCUUCCUCAGAUAUGCAUUACUUAAGUAGGAGACUACCUGGGCUUUUGCCAUAUUUUCCAACUUGGAAGAAGCUUGAAUUCUGUUGCAGGAGGGUGAGGGCUUUCCUGCCAUAUUUAUAGCCCUGAAAGGGUAUUUAUUAAAUGUUAAGAUCAGGUGUAUUUACUGUAAGUUCUUCAUUUUAAAACUUCAGUAUCUCUCAGAAUCCUACUAACUGGUGGAGUUCAUUUAUUUGUUCUGUUAAUUAGAUAGCUGGCCCAGUGUGUUUUUGUUAAAAUAUAGGCAUACCUCAGAGAUGUUGCAGACUAGGUCCCAGAUCACUGCAAUAAAGCGAAUAUCGCGAUAAAGUGAGUCAAAUGCCUUUUUUGAUUUGCCAGUGCAUAUAGCAGUUAUGUUUACACUAUCCUAUUGAUUUAAUUGUGCAGUAACAUUGUCAAAAAUGUACAUGCCUUAAUUAAAACAUACUUCGAUUGCUAAAAAAUGCUAACCAUUAGCUGAA